AACUAAAUCUCAUUAUAAAUUAAUAUACACAACAUAUUGAAAAAGCCAAUUUCAAAUAUAUAAAAAUUUAUAGAUUAAAGUAACAGAAUAUAUUGUAUUUUCAAAGUUACUAUGUUACACUUAAUAAAAUAAAAUGUACUGUAAUUAUACGAUUAAAUAGAUACUGGAAAGGAUAGCGGAAUACAGUAGUGAAAAAUUCGUAUUAUGGACACUCAAUAUAAGACUAUUCAUCCUGUGAAAUAUCUACAAGAUCAUUUGGCACAAGAUGUUAGACCUGAUGGUAGACAAUUUUUAUCUUUUCGUCCAAUAAGUAUAAAUAUUUCAUCGGUUACUCAUGCAGAUAGUUCAUCGAUAUUCAAAAUUGGUAAUACAACAUGUGUAUGUGGUAUUAAAGCUGAAUUAGCAGUACCCAAAAUAGAACAUCCCGAUUGUGGUUAUAUCGUACCAAAUGUUGAACUUUCUCCAUUGUGUUCACCAAAAUUUCGACCUGGUCCACCAAGCGAUCAAGCACAAAUUACUUCGAAAAUGAUAGAACUUAUUCUAAAGAAUUCAGAAGCUGUAAAUUUGAAAGACUUAUGCAUUUACAAAAGCAAACUAGUAUGGGUAUUAUAUUGCGAUCUUUUAUGUAUUAAUUAUGAUGGUUCAGUAAUUGAUGCUUGUAUUGGAGCAUUGAUUGGAGCACUUAAUACUUUGAAAUUACCUGAAACAAUCUAUAACGCAGUAACAGGAAAUAUUUCUGUACAUCCUAUGAACAAGAUAUGUUUUCCAGUUAAAGCCUUGCCAGUUUCCGUAACAUUUGCUAUAUUUAAUGACCAGUUAUUAAUUGCUGAUCCCACCGAUGAAGAAGAAAGUUUAUGCUUGGGGAGAUUAAUAAUUGUAAUGGAUGAGGAAAAACUUUGUUACAUACACAAACCUGGUGGAGUUCCAAUUUCAUGUGAGCUGUUUUUGAAGAGUUUAGCAAAAUCCAAGAAAAGGGCAGAAUUAGUAAGAUCACUAAUUAAUACUGCUAUAUCAUCAGCAAAAGAGGAGCAAUCAAAAAAACAACAAUGUGUAUAAAGUACAUUUGUAUUAUUAAUAAAAUAUUUGAUAAUUAUGUUUUUAA